GCGUCAUAAUGGACUGGAGCGAGGCAGGGGAAAGGGCGGUUGAAGCCUGUCUCGAUCUUCUUCUUCGUGGUCGUCGUGCUGGCUGACUUUGCAUUCGACUCCGUGUCGCACAGAUAGAUAUGGUGGCUCCCUACGACGACACGCCCAACAAGAAGCCACGCGUCGAUAGAGACAUUGUCUCGUCCUUGCUCUCGCUCCGGACGCACGCGCCGCUCCCGAGCCUCGCGACCGCCGUCAACCGCCUCCCCGCGCUUCGCCCGCAGCCGCCCGCGCUCCACAAGCCGCUCUAUGUCCAGCUCCAGGAGCGCCAGACGAACCAAAAAAUGCAGCUGCCAACCCCAUCCGAUGUCCGCGCACUGCAGGCAGACCCGCGCGUCCGGCAGGCGAUCGAGCGCUUGAAGGAGCACCAAAAGACCCACCGCACGGACCUCUCGCUCCUCUCGCGCGAAACGGUUGCGAUCAUCGAGUCGCUCGCAGCGUCCGACCCGGUCGGUGACGACGACGGCUCGGCCAGCGUCUCGAGCAGUGCAUCGUCGUCUCGCGUCCAGUCGACGGACGGCUCGACGAUCGGCGACGACGGGUCCAGCGGCGGGAAGCGGCGGCGCCUCAACGACGGCCGCCGACUCCGCGGUCUCGGCGAGCACACGAUCCCACUCGAAGCGCCCGUCAAAACGUCGUUUGCGACCAGCUGGGCGCAGCGCAAACACAAUUUUGAGCUCGUCCAGCUCAAGCGGGACAUUGAGCGUUGCCGGAAAGAGUACUUGAGCUACCUCCGUACCCGCCUCAGCCGCUGCAUUGCGACUAACGAGCAGCGCCACAUGGAUGCGACCGACGACGUGCUUGGGCGGCGCAUCGAGCUGCGCGUCGCGUCCAUGGCCUACCUCUUCCAGUCGCGCGUCAUGUACCCGUGUGGCGUCGGCGCCUUCGCCGACUCGCACGCUCUGACGCACAACGCGUUCGACCCAAGCAUUCGCGACGUCGCCGCGCUCUUCCGGGCCGCCGCCUCCUGCGUUCGCGUCGACCACUCGACGAUCGAGCAGUGCCGGCCCGUCAACGACCACGCGAUUGCGUUCCACACGGUGUUUUGGGUCACCAUCACGGACGCAGCCAAGCUUCCGGCGCUGCUCCGUGACGACGUGCGCUGCGGGCACGUUGAGGCCCGCGGACAGCUGCGUCUCCAGGCCGUGCUCACGUGCGCGUACAAGACAUUUGACAUCACCGACAUUGACGUUCGCAUCGACGUGGCCGACGCCCUCGCGAGCUACAAGCCACCAACGACACGCGACGACGCAGGCAGCAAGCUCCUGGUGCAGCAGCAAGUCGCAGCCCUCGACACUACGCGGCCGCCAACCCUGCGCCCGAUGCCACGCAUGGUCAUGGUCCCGUUCCAAGUCCUUCCGUAGACUGUACAUGCAGCGCUAAUUUAACCUUGUGCCAGA